GCUUGUUCUGAAACGCACACUGCGUGAACAACGUAUUUACUUUAUUUUACUUUGUACGUGCACAAAUAGGCAAACAUAAGUCGGCCUUUUUCAACAAUAAGCAGGAAAAUAUUUCAAACAACUAAACCAUUAUUUCACAGGAGGGGUAAUAAACGAUAUCACGUGUCUCUUGUUUUACAUUAAACAUAACUAAAUUCAGUCAAUUUUAAGUUAAACGUUAUUAUUCGUUUUACUGCGGUAGAAGGGUGUUAAAGUGCUGUGCGCCGUGUGGACUAAAGUGGGCCAGUCACGAGCGAUGCUUUGUGGGUAAAGUGCGUCCCGGUAUCCGCCCAUAUUCGCCAAAAGGAGGCCAACCUGAGCAGCUAGGCCGGCCGACGCUGGAACAAAUGGAAAGUUCAAUCGAUUAGUUUGCUCACUUGUUUUUGCCCGUUCCCGCUUCCUUCUUACACCAAGUAGACAGGUUUCAUGCGGACCUUUCUUCGUGGACCAGGCAAUGCAGACAUCGUGUGAAACGAGAGGACAAUCAGCUUGACUCAUUUUGUCGCCACUUCAGACACGGAACUCCGUUCGUUUUAAGGUGAAUCAUGACAGAAUAUAAGCUGGUUGUGGUGGGAGCUGGUGGCGUGGGCAAGAGUGCACUUACCAUUCAACUCAUCCAGAAUCACUUUGUAGAUGAAUAUGACCCCACCAUUGAGGACUCUUACAGAAAGCAAGUCGUGAUUGAUGGGGAGACGUGUUUACUGGACAUCCUGGAUACUGCAGGUCAGGAGGAGUACAGUGCCAUGAGAGAUCAGUAUAUGAGGACAGGGGAGGGCUUCCUCUGUGUCUUUGCCAUCAACAACACCAAGUCCUUUGAGGACAUUCACCACUACAGAGAACAAAUCAAGCGGGUGAAGGACUCUGAGGAUGUUCCCAUGGUGCUGGUGGGCAACAAGUGUGACCUCCCAUCCCGGACUGUGGACACUAAACAGGCUCAGGACUUAGCACGGAGCUACGGCAUUCCCUUCAUUGAGACCUCAGCCAAAACCAGACAGAGAGUGGAAGAUGCCUUUUACACUCUGGUACGGGAGAUCAGGCAGUAUCGCCUCAAUAAGCUCAGCAAGGAAGAAAAGACGCCGCGCUGUGUCAAGCUUAAAAAGUGUGUUGUGAUGUGAAUGGGGGAGUCGACGAUGCCUUUUACACGUUAGUACGAGAAAUCCGCAAGCAUAAGGAGAAGAUGAGCAAGGAGGGCAAGAAGAAGAAAAAGAAGUCCAAGACAAAGUGCAUACUCAUGUGAAUAAUCAGUCCUUUUGCAGAUGGACUAAAAAAGAAACUAUGUUGAAUAAAAAAGUAAUACAUUUUGUACAUCACACUAAAUUAUUAGCCUCUUUCUCAAAACCACCUCUUGCUGUAACCAAUACUAAAGCUGACCUACUUUGUCUGCCUUCUUAUUCUUUGCUACAUAGACACCGAUAAGCUGUCUUUCCUGUUUAGUGCCAGUUAAUCACACAAAAUCGGCUUGAUUUUUAUGGAUGAUGUUGAUUUACCCGCCCUACCCCUUAAGAUGUUGGUAAACUGCAUCAAAGGACAUGUCCGUCAACCGUUUCCAUAAUUAUUUAGUCCUUUUGGCGAAAGGUUGUGUCAUGGCAUGCCAAAGAAUGACUAUUCAUCCCUCAAUUGUGCUAAUGUCACUGAAAUGUAUGCAUGAAAUCCUUUUCUAGUCUUCAAAUGUUCUAACAACUUUAAAUGGCUAUUAACAAUUUGCUUGUAUCUUACGGGGUUUGACCUCUUCAACUACAUUGGUUUUGGUUUUCUUUUUUGCAUGCAUGCAUUUUGUUUCUGCUGACAUGCAUGUAAAGGUUGAUUGGGUGAACUGCAGACCAGAGUCAACAUGAGUUUAGUUGAUCAAGUCUUCAGUAAUGUUUUUUUUUUUUUACUAAUUAUACUGUACGAUCCUCUCUAGACCUGUCCUAAGUUGGCCGGGUUUUAUGCGUCCACAAAACUAACACCUUGUUUCAAAUGUGCUAUUGUUAAUACUUUAAAGGUCUUAACUGUAGGAUUAUAUCCCUUCUUAAUUUUUUUUAACCAUUGCAGUGAAAGGCAGACAUUAAAAUGUGUAGGACAACAUUUCUAAACAUGAACCCCUUAUUAUUUUUAGGUAAAAUGAGAUUUUGCAUUCCCCAAUAUAUGCUCGUCUAAGACCCUCAAGCUUUGAAGUGAAAUUAAAAGCGACCAGGCAGUGUUGUGGUUGCGGGCAGUAUAAUGCAGCUUUUUUUUAAUGUGCUGAGUCCCAUUUUGCCUAAUCGAUUUUGUUUUCAGGUUUUCCACUUAAGAAUUUAACCCCCCUCAAGUUUUGCAAUGAUUUCAGACCAUUUGGACAUAAAUCAUCCCAAAAAGUAAUUGUUCACUUUCUGUGGCAAAGUUGUUAUGUAUUGAUGUCCCUUAAUGCUUACAUGAGGCGCAGUUGCCAUAAAAUUGCCCUCUUCCAGGUAGUAUUGUUUGAGGAAGAACUCCCCGCCCCCAAGCUUCUCUUGUGGGUCAGCUUUUAUUUUAGCCUUUCCGUUUUUUUUCUCCCUCCCCCUUAGUUUUAGAGAUGAAUCUGCCCUCCGUGUUUUUAUCAGAUGCUGUGUAGCUGGAAGGGAGAGCCAAGACAUGGCUCGAUCGUAAAGUCCUGACUCAGAGCAUGCACAGGUGACUGUUUGAACAUUUCAGAAUUUCAAUGAGAGAUUUUUUUUUCUCUCAUAAUUUCUUUGAUUGUUGAGUUUGCUCACAGAAAGUUUUCGAUGACUGCGCCUUGUUGAAAGACUUUCGCAGUCAGUGGUUUGCCGGUUAAGUUAGUGGCCCAUUAUGUUCUCCAACAUGGCUCAGGCCACUCGGCGUGUCGCUACACCUAUUAACAGUUCUGACCACUGGGGGUCAGUCUAGGCAUUUUGAAGAGUGUUCAAAUGUUGUCGAACCAAACCUGUUUUUGUUUUGAUUGCGUGCCAACAGUUGAUUUCUCACGGGACUCACUUAAACCUUGAUCAUAUGUUAACAACGUUUGUAUAGUUGUGAUACAGAAAGUUGCAUAUUUUGUAAAUUGGUGUGCGUCUUGCAGAAUGUUGCUUUAAUGAACUUUCUCUGCGCUUGGUGGCUCGGUGUGUGACUAGUGUGUCUGUGUCCAGGGUUAGGGGAGUGAAUGAAUAGCCACUUUGCAACAUGUUGAGUGGUGAUCUGAUCUUAAAUGCGUCUAUUUUUUGCCAUGAAUCUCACCACUCCUAUUUAAUGUGUAUUAAAGAACAUCAAAAGGAA